AUGCGUGCCUCCGUCGUCUUCGCCGCCCUCUCUGCCUUCGCUCUGCAGGGCGCCAUGGCCCAAGAGAGCAACCCGGCCACUCAGUACCUGACAGAGACCAACUCCAACGGUGUCGUGACCGGCCAGCCUGAUGCCGUCACCUCGCAGCCCACCGUCGUCACCAGCCAGCCCGCCGUCGUGACCUCCCAGGAGCCUGCCGCCAGCAUCCCCGCUGGUCUCUCCUCCGUGCCCUCCGGUGCCUCCCCUACUGGCAGCACCACUGGCAGCGGCUCGGCCUCGGGCAGCGGUAGCCGUACCCUGUCCACUGCCACUCGCAGCGCCAGCAAGUCCACUUCCACUGGCACCUCCACCGAGACUAGCACCGACUCCUCUUCCAAGACCACUGGUACCUCGACCAGCACUGCCAGCGGCAACAGCUCUUCUUCCACCGGUGCCGCCGCCACUGCUGGCCCCGCUGGCCUCGGCCUCGUUGCCGGUGUUGCCCUGGCUGCUUUCGCCCUGUAA